CGAGAGGAGCAACGUUCAGAGGCUUUGCUUUACUUGCUUCUGCCUGUAGUGCGGGAGGGAGUGUAAAGACACGUUAGCAUACGGGGAUAAUUCCCAAAGGCUACCAGUGCUUGCCUGCCAACACGUCGUGCCAGUGUAGCCUUCCGAGUGCUGUAUGUUAGAAGCGGUCAUAGUGAGUAGAGUCUGCCACGGGUUACGAAGUGUGGUUGUAUGAAACCCAAGUAGCUUGGCGCCCCGUUACGAAACUUAUUUUGCCCACAAAUGAGGUCAACUGCUUGCUUCCAAAUUUGGCAGGCGGAGGGGAUGUCGCGGCGCAGGAGCGUGUGCGGCGUGGCGCUGAUCUGUUCCAUCGGCGUGCUGAUGCUGCUGGCCAGCCAGAGACUCGUCAGCACCGCCAACAUGGAGCGCACCCCUUUCAUCGACAUCGGACGCACCAUUCAGCAAUGGUCCAGCAAUGAAAUUGAUAUCGAUGAACCCGUAAACUACACGAAGGAGAUAAGUGACGUGGUCUCAGAAAUGAGGCAAAUCAUAGGUGCAGAGAUGGAGGACUACCAGUACCCAAACGGACUAUACAACGUCACAGCAAGAUCGCUUGCAGAUCUUGUGCCAGAACUGGGAGGCCAACCAAUUAGGAACCUAGUUAUAACAACUUGGAGAUCAGGUUCGACUUUCUUGGGGGAUGUUCUGAACAGUCACCCUGGAAACUUCUACCAUUAUGAACCACUUCUUGAUUACGACAUUGUUCGGAUCAGAGAAGAGCCCUCAGCGAGUGAAGCUGUAAGAAUACUGAAGGCCUUGCUCAACUGUAACUACACAGGCCUAGAUCACUACCUUGAAUAUGGAAAAUAUCAUGUGUGGUUAUUUACCCACAAUACUCGGCUGUGGGAGCAAUGCCAGCAGCACCCUUCAUUGUGCUGGCUGCCAGAAUUCCUAAACCCAUUCUGUCGACUCUUCCCAUUUCAGAGCAUGAAGACUGUACGACUAAAGUUAAGCCUUGCUGAACGCCUUCUUGCUGACAAAAGUCUGAAUGUACGAGUUUUGCUGCUGGUGCGUGAUCCUCGUGGCACUUUGCAGUCUCGUAAGCAUCGCUCAUGGUGUCCGGGAAGUCCUGACUGUAGUGAACCCAGGAUUCUGUGCAGUGAUCUCGUUGCUGAUUAUGAAUCUGCUAAGGAGUUUGCUGUAAAAUAUCCCAAUCGUUUCAGGGUUGUGAGAUAUGAAGACCUAUCAGUGACACCUUACAGAAGUGUGAAAGAACUGUUCCAGUUUUUUGGACUGGACUUCCACCCAAAUGUUCAAAAGUUCCUUGAUACACAUACAAAAGUGGAUGUUGGUGGAGUUUCCAGCACAUAUCGUAAUUCGAAAUCAGCUCCAUUCCAUUGGCGUCAAGAUCUUUCAUUUCUGGAAGUGCGUGCUAUACAACGACACUGCAAGCAAGCCAUGGAUUCUUGGGGAUAUGUGGAGGCAUUUAACUCCACACAUCAACGUGAGUUUAAUCCACUGAGUGACUACAAGCUUGCAUAGUGCCUUGCACAAUUUUGUGGUUGUGAUACUGAAGAGAUUGCCUUAGAACAUUGCUAAGAAAGGUAAUUCAUAUCGUUGAAAUAAUGAACUGUUAUUUCUGUGAGCAUUCCAGUACAUUUUUAUUUGGACAACUUCUUUUUGUAUAAUCAGAUAUUUGCUGGUCAGAAUGAUAUCAGCCAAUAGCUUUUCCCUCCAUGUCUGAGUAUACCUGAAUUUUCUUUUUAUCUGAACUGUUGUGUGUUAUAUGUGAAGCAGAGUAGUUGUAAACAUAGAGUGAGGUGUCCUUUUUUCUGUUUUGGACAACCUCAAACUGGCAAAGGGAUUCUGCAAUAAAAUUGUUCAGUCUGUGAUGGCACUUAGGGAAUCUGCUAGCAUUUAGAACAUAUUGUGAGACAUGUCAUGUGAUAUGUAUUAUAUCAUUUCUCUUGUAGUUCUUAUUUAACAGAACUAUUAUACUAAGUUUUCAAACAUAAAAGACUAAUGAUACAGUGCUCAUAAGAAAUGUCUGAGAGUGGGGUAAAAGAUUGGGCCAUUUUCACAUUGCUGACGUAGUUAUUUAUUUGAUUAUCACAAUUUUAAUGUUUGGCAGCUGUAGAUAUAAAUUACUUGUUAUUAUUGUAUUGUAUGGGCAAUUAAAUUGGUCAUUUUUUCCCAUAGUUGAUAAUAGUACUCCCUGGUAGUCAAUUGAUAUGGAAGGGAUGGCAGUUUUAUUAAAAUAUUUAUACAUUUCCAGAUCUGAUGUUCUCCUAAUUGACUUUUUUUUACAUGACACAGUAAAGCUGCCAAAAUAAAAUGGCUACUUCCACUGAUUUUAGUUAGUUUUAUUCUGUGACAUUAAAUUGUCAAUUGGGCUUCUUGUUCUUGAUUUUUUUGCAUAGGAAAUAGUUGAUCAUAUAAGUACGUCUUCUAAAAAAGUAUAAUGAUACUUUAAUAAUGAGAUUAUUGAGUGUUGGUAAAAGCUUCAGUUUUACAAUUCUGUAUCUCUUUGUGAAAGUGCAGAAUGAUUUUGUUUUCUGUCCUUUCUUAUCAAACAUUGAAUUCACAUGUUUUGUUUUUACUGUCACUCAGAAUCCUCUAGUGGAUGACACACAUUAUAGAGUCAAAAGUAAAACACAGCUUAAAAGUGUUCAUGAAAUUUUUGAUCUGGGAGUUGGAUAUCAGCACUGGGUUUAGAAUAUUAUUGUAUACUUGCUAGAGCAAUAAGCAAUACUUACAAUUACAAUACAGCAAUACGUACAGUUACUAGCAGUGUUGUGCAAGACUGAAAGGAAUUACUUUUCACAGUGCUAUUUGUUGUUGAACAAGUGUUUUUUUAGAAAUCCAGCUGUGGACUGGCCCAUUGUUAGCAUUUGGUAUAAUGUUUUAUUGUAUCUGGAAUAAAUUACAAUUUUUGCUCAUGUUUUUAUCAAUGCUGGAAGUGAUUUAUUGAUAGUUUUUUCAUCAUAUAGGAGCUAUUAAAGUAAUGUCAUAGGAAUUUACCGAAACUGGCACUGACCUUGUCAUUUUACUAGUGCGUAUUUUACGAUUACUGUAACUUCCAGGACUCUAGUUCGAAGUAUUAGGUACUACAUGCUUUAGGGAAUUGAAGCGGCAAAUGAAGUAGGUAUUUAAUCUACUCCAGUUUCCCAGAAGAGCUGUAAUGUGUUUCUUCGAUACACACUGCAAUGUCUAGCCACGUAAUAAGAUCAUUAUUAGCAAGACAAGAUACCAAUUAAGUAUUUCAGUUGUAAUAAAAGUGAGGAAUUUUUGGGUUAUAAAGCAGCCUCCAUUUUUUUACUCUUCUGGUUGUAUAUGUAGAUCCACACCUGCCUUAUAGAACACUGCCAUAGUGUGAAGAGUGCCUUCAAUAACAUUUCCAUUGAUUUUUAAUAUAGGCUUCGAUAUUUUAGGCUCAAUAAACACAAUAAUGAAAGUAUUAAUGAUAUAUUAAAAGACUGUUGGUCUAGAAAAAAAAUCUUUUUUAAUGGAUAACUUGCAUGUUAUUUUUUGCAUUGGCGAUAAUCAUUUUUUUAAUUUAAGGAGUUACUUUAUUUUUUCCUACAUAUGCUGGUUUGAGUCAAUGUAAAUUUCAUGUUUUCAAGCUUUCUGAACUAUAAUUUGUUAAAUUUUUGUUGUGUUUAUGUAACCUGCAAAAUCAAGAAAAAAAUAAAUAUUGUCAAAACAAGUGUUGUGUAACAUUGUGUUGUUAUUCCAUGAUAAAUGGUUAUGUACAGUCAAUUUUAGGAGAAAUUUUCCAUACAAGUUUUUAUCAUGUGGAGAAUAAAUUGGCAUGUCACGUUUUGACAGGAAGAUGUUAUCAAACUGCAUGUGUUAAUUUUUUAUUGUGGUUGUUGUUACCCAAAUUCAAAAGAAUGCUUUUGUAAUCAAGAGACACUCAAGUAACAAAUUUAUCUGAGAUCAGUUUCAAA